AUGAACGCGUCCACAACAGCAGAACAAAUGCUUAGGCUCAAUACAGCGGAGUAUCAACAACACCAAUCCACCAAGAAUAGGCUUAGUAAAGCUCUGAAAUUUCAGGAAAACAUCCAAACGUUCCAGACAAUUCCAAAACGUCUCUACCCCUCCACCACACCAGAAAUCAUAUGCCACAGCAAAGAGUUAGCUGAAAGGUUCGAGGCUGAAUACCGAAAGCUAUUUUUCCGUCACCUUGAAGAAGUCAUCACCCACAACACCAUCAGUCUGGAGCUAGAAAACGCAAGGCUCAAAGAAAUAGUCCAACGGACAGAGAAGCAGCUGUCCACAAUCCAAGCGCCACCCGAAACCAUCAACGAACUGCGCCAACAGUUCUACACAAAAAAUAACAUUAAAAAUGAGCUCAGCUCUCCCAACGCUCACAAGUCAGAUACAGUAGAAGAUGCCACAAAUAAAAAAAGAAAACAAAGUCCUCAACCAGACCCAAGGAGACCGAAGAAGAGCAGGCGUCAUUUUUUGUCCAAAUGCCCCAGCCACAGACCACUGAGCUGA